AUGAAACUGGUUUCAUCUGACGAAAAGAAUAACAUUGAAGUUGAUGUAGAAAGAUUGGGACUGGCUGAAGAUUCAGUUAGUUUGCAACAAGAUGCUGCUCAUGCAGAUGAUGCGUUCAAAUAUGCUAAGUUAACAAAGGGAUUAGAAUUGACCCCAGAACUUGAUAGAAAACUUAGACGCAAAGCUGAUAUUUAUGUAUUACCAUUGAUUUGUGUGGCUUAUGCUAUGCAGUUCUUGGAUAGAAGUACUACCAGUUAUGGUGCUAUUAUGGGUUUAAGAGAAGAUUUGAAAAUGGUAGGCGAUCAAUAUAAUUGGUUAAUGACAACUGUUUAUAUUACCUAUUUAUUUUGGUCUUUCCCCGGAUCUUGGACUUUACAAAAAUUCCCUUUAAGUAAAACUGUUGCUGCUUAUGUAGGACUUUGGGGGUUAACUACUGCUUUGCAAGCUGCUUGUUAUUCAUAUAAAUCUUUGGUAGUAGCUAGAGCUUUCCUUGGUAUAUUUGAAUCACCAUUAUUACCAGGUUUGGCAUUAUUAUCAAGUAAUUUUUAUCAUAAAUCCGAAGUUUUCUCUCGUACUUGUUAUUAUUUUGCUUUCACUGGUUUAGCUAAUAUUCUUGGUUCAGCCAUUUCUUAUGGAAUCAAUCUUCACAAAGAUAAUUUUGCCAUUGCUGCUUGGAGAGCUUUAUUUGCUAUUUUAGGUUCUGCCACUGUCUUAUUAGCUAUUCUUAUGGUGAUUUUUAUUCCCGAUCUUCCAACUAAGGCCUGGUGGUUGACUGAAGAAGAAAAAUUAUUAACUGUUGAAAGAAUUCGUGCUAACGAACAAGGAUUUGGUAAUUCUGAGUUCAAGUGGUACCAAGUUAAGGAAGCUUUAUUGGAUUACAAAGUCUGGAUUUAUCCAUUAUUGGCUGUUGCUAUUGAAAUUCCAAAUUCUGGUAUUUCAAGUUUUGCUUCCAUUUUAUUAAAAGAAACUUUUGAAUUCGAUACUAACAAAGCUCUUUUGAUGAAAGCUCCAAUGGGUGGUGUUCAGUUGGGUGGUUUAACUCUUUUGGGUCUUGCUAGUCAAUACAAAUUAAUUAAACACCCAUUGAUUGUUGCUAUGGCUGGGGUUGUCUUUGCUACCAUUGGUGGAUUCAUGUUAGCCUUCUGUGAAGAAAAACAUGCUAGAUUAGCAGGAUUUUAUUUAGUUGGAUUUUCACCAAGUGCUAUGAUUACUGCCUUAUCAUGCUUAGCUACUAAUGUCGCCGGUAGGACUAAGAAAGUUGUUGCUAAUGCUAUUUAUUUAGUUGGAUUUUGUGCAUCUUCAGCUGUUGGUCCUCAAGUUUUCCUUCCAAGUGAAGCUCCAAAAUAUAGAACGGCUAUUAUUAAUAUUUGUGUAUUCUAUUGUUUUGGUUUAGGUUUACUUAUCAUUCUUGCCUUUGCUAACUGGAAUAACAACAGAUCGAGAGACAAAGAAAGAGAUGCUUUAGGUGAUAAAUAUGUUAAAGUUGAAAACUCAGAAUUUUUAGAUUUAACUGAUAAAGAAAAUAGAGAUUUUAGAUACGUUUGGUAA